AUGGACCUUAGUACAUCAUCUGCCUUCGAGUCAUACUCGAACCGGUUCGACCCUCAUGACGAAGUCGACGAUGACUACCCUGCGAAGACAUUACAUCCAGCCUCCGAUCAACAUGUCCUCCUCAGGAGGCGCCAUGCACGGAAUAAGCGUCGGGGUGCUUUCGAUACCGUCAGACUCUGCCUGCGUAUCUUGAUCCUUCUACUCGAUCUCAGUAUUCUGAGCGUACUUAUUCAUGGAGUUAAUACUUGGGAAAAAACAUCCAACUCUGUGGAUAGAAACGAGGAUGGCUGGGGAACUCAACAGGCUUCGGUUAACAUGUUUUCGACUUGGUUAAUGCUAUCAAUUGCUGUAUUUGCAUCCUUUGUCCAGACAAUAGCGAUAGCGACUCAUCUCAGUCUUCCCCGAUCAUUGCGCGACGGCUGGGUACAUACCGUCGCUGUGCUGGCCAGCUCUGGUACUGUGAUUGCAGCCUGGGUUGCCGCAACUGUCUACUUGAUUAUCGACAAAGAAGUGCUUCAGGGUGACUGGGAUCUGUGGUCUUGGUCAUGCCAGAACACCCGGCAGAGCUAUACUGGGGAAACUCUCUGCACAGAACUAUCCUACACAUUUAUUGCCGGUCUAGUUGUUUUAGUCCUUGAGAUUAUUGGCCUAGCUUUAUAUAUGAUAUCACUGAGAGGAGUAUAUAUUGUUGGAAAGUAUAGCAGGGCUAGCACGAUUUAUUAG